CGCGGUGCCUGCCGGGAGUUGUAGUCCGGGGCCCAUGGCGGAGGACGGGGAGAGGAAGGCCGCGCUGGAGACGGUCCAGGCGGACGGGACGGAGGGGAACUGUGUCACCUUCGUGCUGCACGACGAGGACCACACGCUGGGCAACUCCCUCCGGUACAUGGUCAUGAAGAACCCCGACGUGGAGUUCUGUGGCUACUGCAUCACACACCCCUCUGAGAGCAAGAUCAACUUCAGGAUCCAGACCAGAGGGGCCCUUCCUGCUGUUGAGCCAUUCCGGAAAGGGCUGAACGACCUGAUGGGUGUUUGUCAACAUGUGCUCAACACCUUUGAGAGGAGCAUGAAGGAAUACAGGGCCCAGAGGGAGGAGGAGAUGCAGUAGCACCUGGGGGGUGACAGUCCCCAUGGCUGUGGGUCACGUCUGGGUGUUGAACUCCCUGUGGCAGGAGGUGCUGUUUGGUGGGAUUUUUUAUGACUGCUUUGAUGUAAACCUGUAUUUAAUAAUAAACCUCAUGGAGUUGGGUGGCA